AUAAAAACAUCUAAUUCCCACUCUCUCUUUUGAGUUAGCUAAGGCAACCGAAAAAGAAAGACUUGUUUAAUUAAAUAUAUUUCUGUAUUAGUUCAAGAGGCAUGAAGAACAGCAUUCGGUGCUGCAUCUCUUGCAUUCUUCCCUGUGGAGCGCUGGAUGUGGUUCGGAUAGUCCACUCCAACGGUCUCAUUGAAGAAAUCAGUGGCUCCAUCAUGGCCGCCGAGAUCAUGAAGGCUCACCCUAAACACGUCCUUAAGCUACCCUCCUCUCCUUCCCAUGAUGGGAUGCUCUCGAAAGUUGUUGUCGUCCCACCCGAUGCAAAGCUCCAAUGUGGCAAGAUUUAUUUCCUCCUGCCUCUGCCCCCAACAACCAUGAAGAAAAGAGGCCAAAACGCCAACCACAAUGGCCGCCAGCAUCGUCAAAGCGGAAGCACGAGCAACACCAAAAACAACACAAUUUUAGUGGCGAAUCUUUCGACAUCGGAUGAACAUUGUUUUAGUGAGGUACUUUCGGAUAAGUUGUCAACGGAAAGGGAUAGAAGAAGAAGAGGGCGAGUUGGGAUGUGGAGACCGCACUUAGAGAGCAUCUCCGAGACCCUUAAUAAUUAUUGAUCAUCUCCCUGUACGUAGUACUAUUUUGGAUUUCAAAGAAUGGAGUUUGCAAUUUUCUUCAUAUUUUAAUGUGGUUCACUUUUAGACAUCCAUCCAUGAAGGUUUCUUUUUAUUGAUUUUCUUUAAUGUUGGAUUAUGUAUAUUAUGUAUGUAACCUUAGAAGCAAGAUUUUUAAUAAUGCAAAUGCAAGUUUAUGUGGAAAUUGUGGUACUGACCUUCAGUCUUGAUUAUCGAUUUCCAUAGUCUUCAGGAUUAUAUGAGUGUAAUUUUCAAGACCUAAAUCUCUUGGAACUUGUCAUUGUCGUGAAUGCUGAUAAAAAAU